AUGAAAGUUGUAUUGAUGUGGACAGUUAGUGAUUUCCCUGCUUAUGCAAUGUUGUCCGGAUGGAGCACACAUUGUAAGUUAGCUUGCCCAUAUUGUAUGGAUCAAUCAGAAUCAUUCUGGAUUCAAAGGGGAAAUAAACAUUGUUGGUUUGACUGCCAUAGAAAAUAUUUACGCAAAGGCCACACUUUCAAAAAAGAUAAGAUUAAUUUUAAGAAAAACAAGACAUCUAAGAGCGAAGUAGAGAUUCCGUACCCAACCGGAGAUGAAAUUUGGCAGACAGUCAAACAUUUUAACAUUGUUUAUGAAGGGACUCCAUAUGGUCCAAAUUAUAUAAAGCCGGAUGGUUUUGGAGUGACACAUAAUUGGGUAAAGAGGAGCAUUUUUUGGGAGCUUCCCUAUUGGCGUCAUUUAUUGAUCCGACAUAACCUUGAUCUGAUGCAUAUCGAGAAGAAUGUUUUUGAAAAUAUGUUUCAUACAAGUAUGGACACCCCCAAAUCUAAAGAUAAAUUGAGCGCAAGACAAGAUCUUGAGAUGCUAUGUGACCGGCCUCUUCUAAAUCCCGUCCGGGACAAAAAAGGGAAGGCUUGGAUCAAGAAAGGAGACUACACUUUAGAGAGGGUCGAUGUUAAAAAAGUUUGUGCUUGGCUGAAAAGGUUGAAAUUUCCAGACGGAUAUGCAUCGAAUAUAGGGAAUUGUGUGAACGUCAAAAAUGGCAGUUUUUACGGUUUCAAGAGCCAUGACUGUCACGUCUUUAUGCAACGUUUGCUUCCACUUGCUAUUACAGGGUUUGUUCCAAAUAUGGACUUGUACAACAUGAAACGCAGUAUUGCUCAAACCAUCUGCAAGUUGGAGAAAAUAUUCCCUCCUAGUUUCUUUGAUUCCAUGGAACACCUAGUCAUACAUUUAGCUGAUGAAGCAAUUAUUGGUGGUCCGGUGCAAUACAGAUGGAUGUAUCAAUACGAGAGAAAGUUGGGCAUAAUAAAAAGAAGAAUUAGGAACAAAGCAAGGGUUGAAGGUUCAAUCGUCAAUGAACAUCUAGUGAAUGAAAUCGCUACCUAUUGUUCUUUAUAUUUUGCCCCCGCGGUUGAGACACACCAUAAUCAAGAGCCACGAAAUUUUGCACCACAACAUGACAACUCUUCAAGUGGAGAUAUAUUAAGUGUAUUUGCCUUUCCAUCAAGAAGAUUACAUGAAAAGGGUGGAAAGAAAAGACUCUUGAAACAUGAAGAACUUCACAAAGCACACACUUACAUCCUACUAAACUGUGCAGAAGUUGCCCCUUUCAUCCCAGAAUUUGAUCGAGCAGCCCAAGCAUCAUAUCAAAAUGAACCAAUUUCAGUACUUAGAGAUAAAUACUUUGCAGAAUGGUUUAAAUACAAAGUAACGAGGGACUCAACUGAUGGAAGUGCUAAACAUUUAGAACCUUUAGCAAAUGGCCCCUCGAACAAUGCUCGGUCUUACAACGGCUACUUUGUAAAUGGUUAUAUGUUCCACACACAAGAAUAUGGUAAAGGACGUGCAACAAAUAACUAUGGACUAUGCGUGAGGGGGGAGAUAUAUAAUGGCGAAGAGUCAGACUACUACGGCUUAUUGGAUGAGAUCCUAGAGAUUGACUAUUAUGGCAUUGGGCGCUCGACUGUUGUGCUAUUCAAAUGCACUUGGUUUGAUAAUAUCCGCAGUGUAGUAGUUAACAAGAAUAAAUUGUUUGAUGUUAAACCUACGUCUCGUAUUCAAACUAAUGACCCUUUUUGUUUGGCAUCACAAGCGGAACAAGUAUUUUAUACACCAUAUCCUGCGGUGACAGAUGAAUUAAAAGAUCUUUGGGCGGUUGUCAAGACAAAACCAAGAGGGGUAUAUGAAGUCACCGAAGCUGAAACGGAAGUUGCGCUUGAUGGAAGCACUGAAUCAAAUGGAGUCUUUCAUCUUGAUGAACGAUGA